AUGGAAGCGGCCAAGAAACCCCGGUGUCCGAAUUGGAGAGAGAAAGACAGAGUGCUGUUUAUCUCUGAAAUGCAGCCACAUGAAACAGUUCUUUUUAGGAAAUACAAGGGGCCCCUUCGGAAGGCACAGGUGAAAGCCGAUGCGUGGAAGGAGAUUGUCUCCAAGUUUAAUGCACAAGCUGAUAUUCCGAGGUCAUUAGAUCAGCUGAAGAAGCAAUUUGACAAUGUAAAGACACGAGCAAAACAAAAAUAUGAUCAUAAUAAGAAGCCUAAAACUGGGGGUGGCCCAAGACCAGCAUCUCCAUCAGCUUCUCAGAGGUUAUCAUUAGAGCAGAUGUCAGGAAGGCCAAAUUUAUGUGGUCUCCCUAUGGCCUAUGACACAGAAGACCCGUCUUUUAGAAUUUGUGUCUCCAGCAGACAUGGAUGGGAUUGAAGUAAAUCCCAUAGAAAGCAGUAAAGGUAUGUGUGACCUCUAGCAUCCUCUAGCUGCAACAGCUUGUAACUGAACACAUGUUGUUCUGGUCAGUGAGUGUCAGGUUAUAAGACUGUCUCAUUUUGGAAGGUUACAAGAAUAUAUACUUUUGUUAAUGUCUGAGAUAAUAAAAAAAUAACUGAAUACCAUAA